AAAGUCGCAUCGAGCGCCAAUGGACGAACCCUCAUGAGGAGAAGACCCAAGUCGGUUCUCAUUCCAUUCAAACCAUUGCGGCACCUACCAGCACGGAUGCUGGAUUGAUGAUGAAUCUUGAGAACGGUCUCGUGGGCUGGGAAAGUUCAAACGAUCCCCAAAAUCCUCUCAAUUGGAGACCUGCAAGGAAAUGGACCACUACCUGUCUCCUUUCCGUUAUUGGGUUCACUACACCAUUCGCCUCGUCCAUUCUAGCUCCGGCGAUUUCCCACGUCGAUGCUGAAUUCCAAAUACACGAUUUGACAAAGAGUUCGAUGCCCGUGAGCAUCUUCCUGCUUGGAUAUGCCGUCGGUCCCCUCCUGCUCUCCCCAUUGUCCGAACUGUAUGGUAGGCAUAUUGUCAUGACGGCUGCCAACGCAUCGUUCUGCCUAUGGCUGAUUGGCUGUGCCCUCGCCCCUUCACUCAACUCCCUCAUAGCAUUCCGACUGCUUUGUGGAAUCGGUGGAUCUGCGUCACAAACAGUUGGAGGCGCCAUCAUAGGUGAUCUCUUCACCGUGCAGAAAAGAGGCAGAGCCAUGGCUAUCUGGACCAUCGGACCCAUAUUUGGCCCGUCUCUGGCGCCUGUCAUCGGCGGCUUUGUAGUCCAAUACCUAGAUUGGCGAUGGGUCAAUUGGCUUACCUUAUGCCUAGCCGUCCCGGCGACAGUGUUGUUGGCUCUGUGUUCUCGCGAAACCAAUCCGCGCAUAAUCCUCCAACGGAAGGUUGCAAAGCUGCGCGUGGAGCUUGCUCGUCCGGAACUCAGAAGCGUAUUUGCAGGAUCUGAAGCAGUCUUGUCUCCGAAAAAGGUUCUCAUGAACGGCCUCAUGAAGCCAUUGCAGUUGCUGUUCGGCUCUUCCGUUGUCUUCGGUGUGUCACUUUACAUCGCCUUUGCCUACGGAUGCCUAUACUUGUUAUUCAACACGAUACCCAUCGUCUUCCAAACUACAUAUGGCUGGUCGCUCGGUGUCUCUGGAGUCGCCUACCUGGCAUUGCUUCUCGGCUACCUGAUCGGCCUCGUCAUAUUCUAUUGCCUGUCCGACAAACUCGUCAAACGAUUGAUGCACGCCAACAACGGAGCGUUCGAAGCCGAGUUCCGCCUCCCCGUCGCCGUAUACUCUGCCGCCCUUCUCCCCGUGUCAUUCUUCCUCUACGGCUGGACUAGCCAGAACAAAGUUUUCUGCGCCGUGCCCAUCAUCGCUCUCGUCAUCUUCGGAACCGGCUUCGAAUGCAUAUGGCUCCCAACACAAUCGUAUAUCAUAGAUGCCUAUCCCCAGCACGUUGCCAGCGCGCUCGCUGCGGCUUGCGUCAUGAGGAGUAUAGUGGCCGCAUUUCUGCCAUUGGCAGGACCGGGUAUGUAUCAGGCGCUGGGCCUUGGUUGGGGAAAUUCGGUCCUGGGUUUCAUAGCAUUAGGAUUGACUCCUGUGCCAAUACUCCUAAGAAGGUAUGGGAAAUUGCUGAGAGAAAAGGCAGAUUGAUGUCAAUCUCCCAUGCUUUUGCCCGUAAUAUAAUCACUGUGGAAUAGCAUUAAUUUUGAAGUUAAGAGUCGGGUUGAAUCACAAGACUCGUAAAAGUA